ACCGUGACUCGUAAAGUGCAACCUCUUCGUUCGCCUGUGCUCGAGACAGAAGGCUAUCCUCCUGGGGAUGACUAUGAGGGGAAGAGACGUGUACUGUUCCCAGUUCUUGGACUCUCCUACUCGGGUCGACGCGUUGCCUCAAGGCCUUCACAUCGAAAAAUCAUCUUACCAACAAACAGUCCUUGGCUAAUUCCGCUGAAAGCCGGCCAACCUCCUCCCUAUACCCAACAGCACUACUACACGAUCCCCUCCCUCUCAAUCUGUGCCAUCUCACAAGCCCACGCCCCUCCACAUCCUCCCUACUCCAAUGCCGCACUCGGAUCCGCCGCCUCCCCGCUCAUCCUCGCUACGCCGCGUCAAUGUCUACAGACCAUGCAAAAAAUCAUGUUGCCAACCUUCCAAAGCCCGCCUCCCCGCCCGCCGGAACAUCGACCAAGCUUCAAGCUCGUGAAAAACUUCCGAAAGUCCGAACAGAGACAAGGAAAAGCAAAACAUACAGCAGCGGGUAUUCCCACGUGGUCACCCACCGCAGUACUAAUCCACCGGUUCGCAGCUUAAGUACAGGAGAGCGGACGGGAUCCUCUAUUCUCUGCGACCUAUGGCCGUAUGUACUUAAUGAAGCCAAAAAUAUCGUACAUAUUAGGCAAGAUUUAUAUCCAGACCCAGUGCACCAUCUUCCUAGUCGCGGUUCCCAUUCUCAGAGUCUGAGCCCGUAUACAGCGUCUGUAACGAUCGAUCGUUGUCUGCAUCGGGAAGAGAGGGAUAUGGAGAGCACCAACCCUUCUUUUCGAAGCGAUCAAUUUCAACAGGCAGCGAUUGGUAUAAACAGGAGCCUGUUGAGGGACCACCGAGACAGUACCUCUCUUAUUCUCGAAAGCGGAAAAGCAGAAUGUACGUCGCUGGUGCUGCGCAAUCAUAACAUUCUGUUCACGAGGAGCGAGAGCCGCUCCGAGUAGAGUGUAGCGUAUCUUACAAACCCCCUCUUGCGCCAUCGCUAUGCCAUCCAUCCAUACACCCCAUCAAUUUACC